AUGGCGCCCAUGCGCACUGCCAAAAAUGGUGGCCGUCCCCGGCGCCCGAACCUGCCGCACCUCACCCCGUUGGCCCAGGCUACGAGCAUGCCCCUUGAACUUCCGUCGCCGUCACCGGCAGCGGCAGCGGCACCGGCGACAGCCACGACCCCAGCAGCGCAAGCCACUCCUGGUUCAUUCGACACUUACUCGACAUGGCUACCGAUGCUGUCCAACUAUUCUGCCCCCAUGGUCCAAAACUUAGAUCUGAGUGCCUCGAGCUGUUCGAUGCAAGAGGAAAGUGAUAUGGGUUCGUACCCACCUGGUGGUUUUCUAAAUUUCAUGCAACGUUCUUCAAACUACUCACUUCAAGAGAAUCGUCACCGGGAACCCAUGUCGGGUAAUUUUGUUAACGCGAGUAGCCGUGCUCAAUAUGCUCCAUUUGAGGCACAACAACCACAGAUGGCUAAAGCAAAGUCAUCUCAUUCAUUGCCUGAACAAAACACACCACAUUCAGCACUUGGUUCCCAGGCUGCCGCUACUCAUAUAGUGGACAUUGAUAACAUUGAUGGUAAUGGAGGCAGUCCAAGCAUGUUCACAAAAAAAGACACCGGAGGAAGUAGGCCUGCAAAGAGGGUGAUAUGGACACCUAAUGAAACCAUGAGACUGGUUAGUGCUUGGUUGAAAAACUCAAACGAUACGGUUAAAGGAAACUGGAAGAGAAAUGAUCAAUAUUGGGGAUCAGUAACUGCCAUGUUCAACAGCACGACUCCAGGUGAUAGAACCAGAGAAAUUAAGCAACUGAAGGAACAAUGGCAUCGUGUGAACAAAAGUGUGAAUUACUUUCAAGGCUGUUGGAUAAAAGCAGAGCGACUUCAUGGCAGUGGGGAGUCUGAUGAGCAGGUAACGGACAAUGCCGAGGCUUUCUAUGAGGAAGAGUCUGAUGAUGGUGAGUUUAAACUUGAAGCUUGUUGGAAGGUUCUUCGAGAUCGACCAAAGUGGCAUGCAUACAAUGAGGACCUUAAUGGAUCUCACAAAAGAAAGUAUUCUGAGGCAGAAGCUGUUGACCUGACAGCCUCUGCUGAUGCGGUCACUGAUCUGCAGCGUCCAAUUGGUUGUAAGAAAGCUAAGGAGGAACUCAACAGGAAGGGAAAGGGGAAGGUUUCUUCAUCAAUUAUGGAUGAGAUUGACAAACUAAUAGAAGGUCAACAGAAAUCUAAGGAAGAUCGCAUGGAGAUACUGGACAGACACCAACAAAUUGCCGCUGACAAGAAGGAAUCAGCAAGGCUGACCCACCUUGUAGCCCAAGAGAAUAAAGAGGCAAAACUACUUGAAAAAGAAGGAAAAAAGCAUGAUAAGGAAUCCAAAUUGCUGGAGACAUAUAAAGCCCUUCUGAUCAUUGACACAAUUCAGAUGCAUGAGGACAUGAGAACUGAGCAUAUGUUAGCUCUUAAGGGUAUGAGGGAGAUGAUUUUUCCCCACCGUGCUUCUGGACAGUAG